CGCCGACUGACUCUUCCCCAUGAUCCAUGAUUUUUUCUGCCGACCCGCCUAGCAGUUCUUCUACCACCGGUCACCAUCGUCUUCCUCAAGUCCAGACAAUGGCUUCUGUUCCAAUUUCAUCUAAGAUCCUGCUUGAUGCUAUGUUAGAGAAGGUUGGCCUGCCAGGGGCCACCUACUCAGCAAGCCCAACAGAUGGUUCCCGUCUGCAAGUCACUGUUACCUUCUAUCCAAUCAAGAUCAGGCUCAAGCGUUCACCUGUCAAGGUUUCCAUUUCUACCUCGGAGCACCAAGAUCUUGAGGAAGCUCAAGAUUAUGUAGCUGCAGCAGCAAUUAAAUACAUGGAUGCUUAUGAGGGCGUGGUUCCAAAAGAUUAUAGUUAUGAUCAACUGAAGGCUGUGGAAAAAACAAAUGCAGUGGUGUAUCAGCAGCUUAAGGCAAUGAAGAGGGACAACGCAUGUCUGAGACAGAAGCUAAAAGAGAGCAUUGGAAAAAACAAACUCCUGAGCAAAGGAUCGGAUGGAUCCCUGGACACAGAACAGAGCGUCGCCAACAAUCUUAAGCAUUUGGUCAGUAGCAGGAUGAGCCCAGGAUCUGGUCCAGAUGACCUGGAGCUUAGCAAUGUUCUUCUCAAUGUAGAGGCCAACAGCGAACAUCUUCAGCAGUGCACUAAUGACACAAUGGUUAACCUUCAGGAGACUGGCGUUUAUCCAUACGGUCAGGAACAGCCAAUAGAUGAAGAUAAAGGUCUGUCAACCCAAGGCGAUGGAAAUCCACCGUCACACCCGGAACUAAGAACCUCAUUUUAUGAUGAGGAGGCCUUUGACGACAAAUGGUGCUGCUCUGAUGACUUCCGUGCCCUGCCUGAAGAUCGCUUCUAA